CCCGCCCGCUCUCUUCCUCCUCCGUUUUCCACUCGUCUCGCCAAUCCGCCAUUAUUAAGAGCUCCGCGAAGGCCAAAAUUUCGCCCACCGAAUCCUCGCUGCCAGUGCCGCUCCCCUCGCCUUGCUUGCCACCCCGCUUCAGUUACCUCUCCCGCGCGAAGUACCACCCCAGCUGGACCCCACCCCCACGCCGCAGGCUUAACCGUGACGCUUCCGAUUAUCUUUCCGCUCCUUGUCCAUUUGCGACGAGAUUUAGCUUUAAGACCCGCGGGGAUGCGCCUGCACGCGGAUGUACUGGAUCAGAUGGAAGGGGAGGGAGAGGAGGGAGCUGCGAUGGCCUCGUCGGUGCUGUCGCCGCCGCUCAUGGGCGCGGCGGCGGCGGCGGCCACGGCGCCCAGGCUAGUGGUGGGCUACGCCCUCACGAAGAAGAAGGUGAAGAGCUUCCUCCAGCCCAAGCUGCUCCAGCUGGCGAGGAAGAAUGGAAUCACUUUUGUAUCCAUUGAUGAGUCUCUUCCCCUCUCAGAACAAGGCCCUUUUGAUGUUAUUUUGCACAAGAUUACUAGCAAGGAGUGGCAGCAGGUUCUGGAGGACUAUCACGAAGAACAUCCAGAAGUUACUGUUCUUGACCCACCUAAUGCUAUUGAGCAUCUGAACAAUCGACAAUCAAUGCUCGAGGAAGUGGCUGAUCUGAACCUGUCAAAUCUCUAUGGAGAAGUUUGUACCCCACGCCAACUGGUGAUCACAAAGGAUCCAUCCUCCAUACCAACAGCUGUAUCCAUGGCUGGACUAACCUGGCCCUUGGUUGCCAAGCCAUUGGUUGUUGAUGGGACAUCUAAAGGCCAUGAGCUCUAUCUUGCAUAUGAUGAGGCAUCCUUGUCAAUGCUUCAUCCACCGCUGGUUCUACAGGAAUUCAUAAACCAUGGCGGGAUCCUCUUUAAGGUGUAUAUCAUUGGUGAAACGGUAAAGGUUGUCCGCAGAUUCUCUCUACCAGAUGUUAACGCAUAUGACUUACUAAACAAUGUGGGCGUCUAUCGGUUGCCAAGAGUUUCAUGUGCUGCAGCAAGUGCGGAUGAUGCAGAACUUGACCCUCUUAUUGCAGAGCUUCCUCCAAGGCCACUUCUAGAGAAACUAGGGAGGGAGCUUCGUAGCCGGCUGGGCUUGAGAUUGUUCAACGUAGAUAUGAUUAGAGAACUUGGAACCAAAGAUCGGUACUACAUAAUUGACAUCAACUACUUCCCAGGUUUUGGGAAAAUGCCGGGAUAUGAGAUCAUGUUCACCGACUUCUUACUUAGUCUUGCCCAAAGCAAGUACAAAAAGUACUUAAGCGGGACCUGAAGUGCAAGGAAGUUUGCGAAAGAGUGGAGACUGACAAAAUGGCAUAUAAUGGUGGCAGCUGUGCUUCCCCACCAAUGUACAUAUUCUGGAGACAUAAGCAUAAGCCGGAGGCUCCAGGAAGUCGCAGUGUGUGUUCCUUCAAAAGUGGUGGUACAUGCUGGGUCCGGAGUAGGAAAUAAACAAGGAAAUGCUUGGAUGCCCUGUGCCCAUGUUGUAAGAUGUUGCUUACCGAAUGAAUACCUUCGUCGUGAUGGCCUCCUUUAAUCGUAAUAAGUUGGUGACCGGUUUCUUGGGCCAAGCUUCACCCAA